ACGAUCCAACGGCGCAGGAGUUAUCUGACAGCGGAGGGCCCCACGACCUUCCUUCUAGCAGCAUCCACGACUAGAAGGAAGUGGCGGCCGGCGGCGAGGCGAAGGAGCGAGGAGCGGAGCAAUGGCGACCGCCUCAGUCUCUUUCAAGUCGCGAGAGGAUCACAGGAAGCAACUUGAAUUGGAGGAAGCACGGAAAGCUGGUCUUGCUCCUGCAGAGGUGGAUGAAGAUGGAAAGGAGAUUAAUCCUCACAUCCCACAGUAUAUGUCCUCUGCCCCAUGGUAUCUUAAUUCAGAGAAGCCUAGUUUGAAACAUCAACGGAAAUGGAAAUCAGAUCCAAACUACACCAAGUCAUGGUACGAUAGGGGUGCAAAAAUAUUCCACGCCAAUAAAUACAGAAAAGGUGCUUGCGAAAACUGCGGGGCCAUGACUCAUAAUAAGAAAUCAUGCAUGGAACGGCCUCGAACUGUGGGAGCUAAGUGGACUAAUAUGCAAAUAGCUCCUGAUGAAAAGGUGGAGUCAUUUGAACUGGAUUAUGAUGGCAAACGUGACCGGUGGAAUGGUUACGAUCCAUCAACCUACACCCAUGUUAUUGCGGAGUAUGAAGCCAGAGAAGAGGCACGAAAAAAAUACCUAAAAGAACAGCAACUCAAAAAACUUGAAGAAAAGAAUGGUAACCAGGAUGACAAUGAUGUGGGCAGCGAUGAGGAUACAGAGGAUGGCCUGAAGAUAGAUGAGGCUAAAGUUGAUGAGAGCAAUCAAAUGGAUUUUGCUAAGGUAGAGAAGCGUGUGCGUACAACAGGUGGUGGAAGCACCGGAACUGUGAGGAACUUGCGUAUCAGAGAAGACACAGCCAAAUACCUUCUAAACCUCGAUGUAAAUUCUGCAUAUUAUGAUCCAAAGACUCGUUCAAUGCGUGAAGAUCCUUUGCCAGAUAUGGACCCCAAUGAAAAAUUCUAUGUGGGAGACAACCAAAACAGGCUUAGUGGACAAGCUCUGGAGUUCAAGCAACUCAACCUUCAUGCUUGGGAAGCUUUUGAAAAGGGACAGGACAUCCACAUGCAGGCAGCACCAUCCCAGGCUGAAUUACUGUACAAGAGUUUCAAGAUUAAGAAAGAGAAAUUGAAGUCUGAAACCAAGGAGAAAAUUAUGGAAAAGUAUGGGAAUGCUGCUUCUGAAGAACCACUACCCCGGGAGCUUCUUCUUGGACAAAGCGAGAGAGAGAUUGAAUAUGAUCGGACUGGACGUAUAAUUAAAGGGCAGGAUACAUCUGUUCCUAAGAGCAAGUAUGAAGAAGAUGUGUACAUUAAUAACCACACGAGUGUUUGGGGUUCAUGGUGGAAGGAUCAUCAGUGGGGCUAUAAAUGCUGCAAGCAGACUAUUAAAAACAGUUACUGCACAGGUUUGGCUGGAAUUGAGGCUGCUGAAGCUUCAGCAGAUUUGAUGAAAGCAAACAUGGCCCGCAAGGAGGCUGCAGAAGAGGAAUCUGUACAACAUGAAGAGAAACGGCUUGCCACUUGGGGAACUGAUGUCCCUGAUGAUCUUGUUCUUGACAAGAAGAAGCUUGCUGAGUCUUUAAAGAAGGAGGAUGAAAGGAGGCGAGAGGAAAGGGAUGAAAGGAAGAGAAAAUAUAAUGUCAAGUGGAAUGAUGAGGUCACUGCGGAGGACAUGGAAGCCUACCGUAUGAAGAAAAUUCACCAUGACGAUCCAAUGAAAGAUUUCCUGCAUUGAACAACACGUUUGUGGAUGUUAUAACUAAUAAGCAUGUUGCUGUUGCCUAUCAUGAUUGUGCAUGGGCAUAUCUGCAUGUCAGCAUCGUGUUUUUGGUGGUCUGAGUCUGAGCUCUGUUUGUCCUGUUUCUGUCACUGGAAAUUAGAGACGUGGUACUGUGAUGCAUGGGGCUGCAAUAUGGAAUUCGCACAUGAUGUUAAUGAUACUUUUGAGCAUGAAAAUACUAGGUAUUUACUCUAUUUGACUCAAUUAUUCAGUUUUGAAUUAUAAUAGAUUAUGUCUCUGCAUUUCAGAUGGGACAGCAAGACUAGCGCUUGGAUAUUUGUUGGUGAUUAGUAUGCGGCCUGCCUGGACCUGCAACGUCAUUGUAAUUUUUUUGCAUCAACAUUUGCCUUCUCAUUUAAAUUGGAUGAAAUUAUGAUUCACGAGCAUAUAAGUUAAUGACAUCAGAAAGCUUGUUGAGAAAAAA